CAAGGCCAGUUGGAGGUUGUCUGUUCGAGAACAAGUGAUCGGCAAACUGGUAUCCUGUCUGUGGGCUGACACGCUGGCUUUCGAUUUCGUGUCGUUGUGAUACUCAGUGCGCCUCUUGGUGUAAUGAAAAGACUUUCGUGGAUCAAGAAAUGCGAUGAUAGUUCGCACAGAUGACAAAAACUUUUGAAAAGCGAGGAUUAUGCGGUAAUUAAAAGCAAGCUUCUAUUCGGCAGGAAAUGGCUUGCGCUCAAAGGCGGGAUUUGUCCUACGUAUUUCAGCCAGUCAUCCAUGAGCCUCUCUCCAAGGCAGAUCAACAGAGCGGCAUCAAUGGAGACACAGCAGAAAAUGGAGAUACUUCACACAAAGAAACCAUUCCCGUCAAGGAUAGCCAAGAGUUUCAUGCAGCCAUGAGAGAAGCAUUUCAGAGUAAGGUACAGCACCCAAGGAAGGCAAUGUCACUGUUUCUAAAAGCAGGAAAAGGUCUUGUUCUUGUUGGCGACGAUGAAGCUGCUUUGGAAUGUUUUGAAUCCCUAAUCAGUCUUGCUAAGGAACAACUCAAUCAUGUGUUUACUGAAAAAUCCAAGUUACCAUCUUUAUCUCCUCUGGAAAAGGAAGAAAUUUGUAGACAGAAGUCUCUAAAUAGAGAGGACUCCUUAAAGGAUAAAACUAAACAAGAUGAGAAGGAAAGGCAAGGUUUGAUUACAUCAGAUGGAGAGAAGACUGAAUUAAUGAAUGGUUACAGUGAAACAAAUUCUUGUAGAAUUCAAGAAAAUGGACUUGUGACAACGAUUUCUAUUGACAGUGAUCCAGCCACAAACUCAGAAACAAAGAGUCUUCAAAAUGGCCAGUCAGUGAGAACUAAUCAAAGAGAGCUGGAGGCAUCAGAAGAUGUUCAUGUUGCUGAUGAAUCAAAUAUUUGUGUAGUGCAAGAAGAAUCUAUGUCAUUUUGUUCUGUUGAAACUGUUGUCGAGGAACACUCUAUGGCCUCUUCUGAGAGCUCUGUGUCUGAUGAUGUUAGGUUUGGUUCACCCGUGGAAUUUGAAGAAGAAGCAGUUGUACAAGAUUGGUCUGAAGGAUCAGUGUCCUGUGCAGCAGAGAUUGCACAAGAUGAUAUACAGAUGUGUGUAGUAGAAUGUGUAGAAGCCAUGCAAGAGGAUUUUGAAGUUGCUACAGUGGACAGUGAUGAUUCUCUGAGUGUUUGUAGUCUAGGGGGUUCAGAAAAUGUUGUUCAUACUCAUAACAUAGUCGUUGAAUGUGGAAAGCAGGUUAUUGAGGAGGUUCCUCGGAGUCCACAGGAGAAGGCACUAAUCAGGAGAGGAUAUGUUGUGACUGAACUGAUAGACACAGAGCAAAGUUAUGUUCAAGACCUUGGCUAUGUUGUCAAGGGUUACAUACCAGAAUUUUCCUCAAGCAAUCUACCAGUAGAAUUAAAAAAUAAAGGAAGAGAAAUCUUUUCCAAUAUUCAAGAUAUUCAUGAAUGGCACUCAAGCGAAUUGUGCAAUCAUUUGAAGUCCUGUGAAGAUGAGCCUGAUAAGAUUGGUGAAGUUUUUGCAGAAUCGGAACACAAACUUGAAGAACUAUACUCAGAGUACUGCAGAAACAAACCUAAAUCGGACUUGUUGGUCCAAAAAUAUGCGGACUCCUUUUUCCAAAGCUGCAAGGAAAGACUCGGCCACAGACUACAGUUGGCUGAUUAUCUUAUCAAACCUGUUCAGAGGAUAACGAAAUAUCAACUGCUGCUAAAGGACAUUCUGAAGCAUACAGAAAGAGCUGGAGAGGAUUGUAAGCAACUAGAGAGAGCUUUAGAAGUUGCCCUUCGAAUUCUCAAGCGAACAAAUGACAUGGUUAACGUGGGGAUGCUUCAAGGAUUCGAGGUGAAGUCCGAGGAAACAGGAGAUCUUUUACUUCAGGACGAGUUUAUGGUGGUUGAUGGAAAAGCAAAGACUAAAGGCAGAGAAAGAAGAGUGUUUUUAUUUGAAAAAAUCAUUAUAUUUAGCGAGCCAAUGACAAGAGAAGGUGGUCUUCCGGAAUUUAGAUAUAUGCACAGCAUGAAGACCAAAGGUAUUGGCCAAACAGAAUCAGUGGACAGCGAUCCGUGCAAGUGGGCUGUGUGGCUGAGAAAGCUGGGAGGUGCUGAAAUUUACCUGCUGAAGGCAUCUUCACCUGAUACAAAGGAACUCUGGAUCAAGAGCAUAAAGGAGUGUCAUACCAAGAAAAAAACUGGAUUGCUCAAAGCGUGGAAUAGAUACAGAGGCAGAGGCUCAGAAUCCGAUAAAGACCAAACAGAUUCCACUGAUGGAGGACUUCUGAGAAUUCGUACACAACGGCAGGGUGGCUCCCGCCGGACGACAUUCAAACGAAAGCCGGCCUCUAAGAACUGUGGGAAGAGCGUUAAGAGAGAAAGAGAUCCGAGCACUUCGGAGAGAUUGAGGGAAAACAUUAGAAAAUUCCGAACAGAAGAAAGAAUGUUAGCGGUGGAUCCAUCGUCUAUCGAAGACGAGUGUGAUGGUCUGAUGCAACAAACCUCAUUAGAUGAUUCAUCUAUGCCCCAGUCGCCCAAUGUGGAAGCAAGCGUAGAGCCAAAAUUGGCCGAGUUGACACCUGUGGAGCGUUGGCUCAAGCUAGAAACUGAGGAAAACCAGCUCAACAAGUUGUUACAUUUAACCAGGAUGAUUGCUGCGAGGCUGUUUCAAUUAAGAGACCGUGAAAGGGCGCUUCAACUCUAUAGCGACGUCGUAGCUACAACACUAAGUUUGGAAGAAAUAAGAAAACUUGAAGGAUUGUUUGCUACACGAGACCUCUUACUCAAUAAAACUGUGGAUGUGUACGAAGCAUAUCGCAGAGAGCAGAUAAGCGCCAGUUUCGACAUAGAAGAUUCGUACAACUCUCUAACAAGUCUUCUCAACGAAACAGCUGGAUUUUCCAGUGUUAGUAAAGGCACCACAUGGUCUGUUGUCUUGUACAGUAUCACAGCUGCAGCAGCGUGUAGAGAGCAGCACUGGCGCGAGGCGUCCCAAGCUUUCUAUCGGGUCUCCAUGGUGUACAGCAACAUGCAGGCAACCGCGUGUGCAGUUGACAGUUUGUUAGAUGCACACUGGAUGUGCUGCCAAGCAGAAGAUUACUUAACCGCCCUACAAUUUCUUUACAAUGGCUUCAUCCGGGCAUUAGCAGCAAAGGACUUGAUGAGAUGUCUCAGACUAGAACAGCAAGCGUUGCACUUGGUGGACACAAUUAAGUCAUUGGGCUCCAAAGUCCAUCAAAUGGUGAAUGACGAGGACGAACUAGACACUAGGCAACAGGUCAGCACUCAUCAUGUGGAGUUCUUGGUCAAUAUGAGCCGAGCUACGCGACGAAGGGACUGGGCCUGGUUUGAAAUCGCUGAAACUGAACUGCAAAAAUUCUGCUCCGGAGAUGGUCACCAGGCAGACGCGGUCCUCCAGGCUGUGUUUCUCAAGAUAAAAAAGUCAUUACCAGGCCCAUCAGAGAGUUAAAGUUGGAACCGACGAAAUCUCUCGAUUUUGUUGCAAACCGUGUCAUGUGACAGCGAUGAAAAAUGACGACGUCAUUUAAGAACAAGCCCGCUAUAUUUUGGUGUGCUCCUAUUACAUUAAGUAAAAUAAUACUAUCGACAUGCUUUGCUGUACUUGCUUGCCUGAAGUACUUUGCAUUCAUACCUUAUGUAGCGUUUAAGCCACUUACAGAUGUCGCCUCCGAGAAAGAUGAAAAAUGAAAUGAAACGUUGUUGCGUAUUGUUGAGUAACUGUGCUGCUACGUGCCCUCUGACUGGUCAAAGAUCUAUUGCUUACUUUACUAAACAACAACAAAAUUACAUUUGACAGAUGACAGGGAAUUAACAAUUUGAAUUAUUUUGUUAAGAAAUCCGCUUUGUGAAGAAAACAAUAUUUUGAUCCCUUUUGAGUAGAAAGUAAUUUCACUUCCUCCAAUAUAUUUCGUACCUCUCGCGCUGUGAUUUCAUGGCUAAGCCAUGAAUGAUAUUAAAGGUUGGACUUAUAUAAGAAAACCAGUUGUUGAGGUAUUCAAAGAAAAACGAACCAGACAAGAAGAAGGUUAAGAAUGACUGCCAUAGUUAAAAUAUUUUACAGAUUGACGUUGCAAAGAUUUUUCUAUAUUCCUAGGUCAUUAUUGUAAAUAAUUAAUGCUUGAACUCUAUGUGUCUCUGGAAAUAUAGUAUACAAAUUGAAUUGACAAAUAAAAUAUACCUCUU